UGGAAAUGCACACAUAACCAAAUAUCUAUCUUCAGCCCCUUCCCACAACUGCACGUGGAUACUCUUAAAAAAUGGCGUGCAAAAUGCUGCAGCCUGCUUCGUUUGUUUUGCUUGUUCCUGUGAAACUUGGAUGGCGUCAACGCCACUUCUACAGCCGCAAAAUAUUCUAACCUAAAAAUACAUCUCCGGCUUGCUUUACUAGUUGCAGCUUGCCACGUUGUGUCCCCGAUCCCCUCACUCUGCAUAUCGUCUGCUCUCAAGAACCCUUUACCCGCCUCUCUAGAGCCAAAUCCACAGCGGUUAAGCAAAUGCCAAGCGGGCUUAUCAGAUACUAGGCGGCGAUCACGCCGUUUCCCUUAUUUCUAACAGCCAACUUAGACCUCUUUGCCCGUGACGGCAAGCCCGUCGUCCCGCCCCUCGGCGCCGUAGCAAGCCGCACCGCUGCCGAUCAGCGGUGCAGAAUUAAAACAAGCAUGGCAGCAUAGAUAGCUUAACUAUGAGACUACGCAGUCGGCAUAUCUUUCGCGUGCUCCCGCCCGCGUGGCACCGUUGCAUCAGAGGCGGGCUGCGAGAUCAUCUCCGCGGCCAAGAGCCCCUCCGGAGAUGCUUCAUUCCCCCUGGGCAGCAGAACACGCGAAAAAGAAGCGUGAAGCGUUUUUUUUCUCUGUCAAUAUUUCAGGGUCUAGCGAAACCGUUCUUACUCGUUUUUUCGGUGACCCAGAAAAAGGGGGGUGUUUCUGCACGACUUGUUGCGUGCUCAACUGGUAUUAUAUGGUCGUAGGGAUGCGCCGCAUGGUUUAGCGACUUACAUUAUACCUAGAGCCUUCGUUUUCUUUUCUUUUCUUCUAUUUCCGCUCUUUUCCCACCUUCUCUCUGUUUUCUUUCUUUUACCAGACUGGCACAAGAUACUACGACUGCGACUCGGUUCACUGCAUCUCGACAUUAAACAAACACGAUGGACCCUGCGCCGUCGCCCGAUUCCUCGGCGCCAUUGUCGGCACCAAAGUCGACUGGCGAGAUUCACACACUUAGUGUUGUUAUUACGAUUGUAGCCACGCUUUCUGCUACCGGCGCAGCAUGGAUGAUUAUGGGUUUUGUUUUGAACAAGUCUCUCCGAAGUUUCAGACAUCAGCUGGUCUUAGGACUAGCAGUUAGCGAUCUUUGCAUGGCGAUAAACUUUCUGUCAUCCGCGGCAGCGAACCUUAGCGGCAACAAUAUCGGCUUAGGAAGAAUGAAGACGUUCUGCAGCUUCAACGGCUUCAUGAUUCAAACCUUUGUAGACCAGACGGAUUAUUGGGUGCUUUGCAUCGCCGCAUGCACAUUUAUCAUGGUCAGCGAACGAAAAUCGCUGUCGAAUUGGAUCCAAACCUAUAGAGUCGUUAUUUUCGCUAUUCCAUGGAUCUUGUCACUGCUCUGGGCGACACUUGGCCUGUCGCUUGUUGGCUACGGCAGCAUCGGUGCUUGGUGCUGGUUUACAAGCGACAAGACACGACUUUUGGUCAACUUUUUGCCAAGAUGGAUCAUCAUCGCCCUCAUGCUUGCCUUGUACAUCCGUCUUUACUUUGUCAUUCACCGUGCCCACAAGAACUUUGUGUCCAUUGACGAUGGCGACUACGAGAUGGGCUCUCGAUUCAAGUCAUCCACUACAGCCACUGUCACUGCAACAGCGACUGGCCCCUCUACACCAACCACGGCCUCUGAUGCUCCUGGCGUGGCGCCGAGGAGAAGGGCAAUCCGAAGCAAGACAGCCGCUCCAGAUUUGCAAAGACUCGCCUACCAAAUGAUGCUGUACCCACUCGUGUAUAUUCUUGUUUGGUCUCUUCCAACAAGCAUUAGAAUUUACCAAGCCGUGACGGGAAAAUCUGCCCCGUUUACGAUUGCUACCAUCGAUGAGUCUUGCAUCGUUAUUCAAGGCCUUCUUGAUGCCAUUGUUUAUGGGUGCAAUGAAAAGACAUUUGCGGGAUGGAAAGCGGCGUUUACAAGAAAAAAAUGUCUUUGAUUUACAACUUUUGCUGCGUUAUAGAUUUCUUUUAUAGACGGCAGUGCAUCUGUCAACACAUGCAGACAAUGCCUGCUACUUGCUCAAAAUGUUCUCGAUAAGAUUAGACGGCUCGUCGAAAAAGUCAGCCACAACGAUUCCCAGCCUCUUGCCCUUUUUCGUUUCCAAGUAUUCAUUGACUUGCUGGUUUACGCCGCCUUUGGGAGUGCUGCCAUUGCCAAUCCCAAGUGCCAUUGCUCGUGGUGUCAUACUAGGAUCAUUGAACAAGUGCUCCGAAGACAAAAAGGUAAUGAACAAAUCAUCGGGGGCAUUUCCAUUAGUAGCAAAGUUCAGGUGAGAUACAGACGCCUUGACUUUGAUAUCAAUGUUGUCGGCGGCCGUGACGUUGGUUGCUGGGUCUCCCACUUCAUAGUUGUCCUCGAUGUACGCCGUCGCGCCAGUGGUGUCGUUGUAGAUGAGAGUAAUGUUGGCCCCGUUGUCUGUCCAUCGGCUAGGUGACAGAUGAAGACCUGGGAUCUCAAUAUCUUGCGAUGCCGCCAAAAACUCAAUAUCGAAUCGCUUCAUGAGCACAAUCUUGCCGCGAACUUCGCCAAGCGUGCCAAGCCGGCCCGAUUCCUGCCAGAUAUAUUUCUUGGCGGCCGGAGAUGUCAGCAUGUCAAACAUGAGCUGCUCAAACUGCUUAUUGUGUGAUGCACCCGGAAUAGUGCCGCCCUGAUACUGAAAUGACAGCAACAGUGUCUCUGAUGGAUGGUGAUCCAGCCAUGCAUAAAAGGCAAACAUGAGGUCUUCUAUAGACGCCAGCUGUGACGCCUCAACAGCGCCAUGCCAUAUAGUGAGAUAUGUGCGAGUAGGGUCGAGAGCUGGACGCAAGUCAAAGAAUCGAAUCCCUGAGUUAAGCAUAUCUGCUAGAGACUUUUGCUGGCACUGAAAGUCCUGCGGAUCGGUAAUGUUGUUGUCCACGUAAAUGUCCUUCAUAAGCGGCAGGGUAAAGUUCCACGUCCCGCUGUCGUGCGUGCCGGGAAUGUUCAUAUGCACCAGGGGCGUACUAUCAGAUAUCUGCUUCAUCCAUUCCGAUGUGCCGCCUUUGGAGGAGAGUGCCGAUUCAUAGUCGCCAAAGAGCUGCGUGCUAUCCUGUAGGAUCUUGUCGAGGGCAAAGUCGCGUAGUGAGCGGCACUGUGAGGAGGCGACAGCAAUGCCUGCAGCCAGAAGGGCCCUGUAAAGAAACAUGAUAUUCGCGAUUUAUGGCGUAACUGCCAAAGCCAACCGUUUUUUGUCAACUAUUGCAAUUGUCCAG